CAUAAAAAUAUAAAAGUAAACCUAAAACUGAGCAAAGUAUUGAAGUGAUUUGUGUUUCUAGUUCUCUAUAGACCGUCCCAGGCCAGGAAUGGAAAGUGAAAGGAGCAGAGAGGAGUCCACACCUUCCUGAUCACAGAGCUGCGCAGUGUAGUGACCCUUGUCCUUCCUGAUCACAGACAAGUGUUUUCUUCUACUCUCCACACUUCAGGUUUACCAGCCCUUUUAACCUGGCUGUCGUGAUAGAAUGGAUAGGACCUCUUAUGACUCAACCUGGGAGGAAGAUGAGGAUGAUGACCGUGUGGAGCGAGAAUGGUCUACAAAUAACAUGAAGGUCAUGAAUUAUACACAGGCACCAUUGACAACCAGAAGGCCGCAAAAUGGAAAACACGUAAAAUCCAGAUAUGAGUACGCGUAUAUGUAUUCUUCAGCUGCACGGGAUAUGCAGAACUACAGACAUGGGUACCGGCAUUCAGAUCCCAUUUACCACAUUGACCCGAAAGAAAUGCCCAAUCUACAUUUUUACAGAAAUGAGAUGGCGUUCAAACCUAAUGGUUGUCAAAUUGAAGACUUCCUUAAUGCAGGGAAAGAUGACUAUGACAUGCUAGAGUACAACCAUAACUACAUCCAAUGGCUCUUUCCACUUCAAGAACGUGGUGUUAACCCACAUGCCGCUCCUCUACACAAAAAAGAGAUUCAGGAAAUGAAGAAAGAUAGAAGAGUCACGAGGAAUCUCCUUGAGGCGUAUAAGCUCAUGUUGGGAUUCUACGGUCUGCAUCUAGAAAACGAGGAGACCGGAAAAGUCUGCAGAGCGAGGAAUUGGAAAGAAAGAUAUAUGAAUUUGAACAAUCACACUCACAAUAACCUGCGGAUCACCCGUAUCUUGAAGUGCAUGGGGGAACUGGGGUUUGAACACUUCCAAGCUCCUCUGGUCCAGUUUUUCUUGUGGGAAACCCUGUGCGAAGGCCAAUUAAAGAACAUAAAAAGGAGUGUCUUAGACUAUUUCCUGUUCUCCGUAAAGGACAAGAGAAAACGUCGAGAUUUGGUGCGCUUUGCCUGGAAACGCUACCAACCGCAAAGCAUGUUCGCCUGGGGACCAGUAGACUUGCUAAGAAAUGAUCAAGAAGCGCUGAAGGGACGCAAAAGAGGAAACUGUGACGGCAUCAGGGAAGAAGAUGAGACGAGACCCCAAAAAAUCAAGAAAAUUCAUCAAGAUGAUAAGGAACAUAGGAAUGUAAUGAAUGAGGAGGAAUAUAGGAAUGUAAUGAAUCAGGAGGAAUAUAGCAAUGCAAUUAAUCAGAAGGAACGUAGGAAUGUAAAGACAAGCAGAUGGAUUAGAACAUGGCAAACAUUAAGGAGGAGUCUGAGAAUAAAAAAAAGUCGCAAUGUCCUGAAGGAACGUAGGGAGGUAGAGCCCCUGCAAAAUAAACCAAUUAACACUGAGGAAAACGUAACAUCACAGGGUAAAAAUAGAAAGCGUAGUGGGCGUUUCAGUUGCGUCCUGUUAUAACAUAAAUAAUGAAUGCAUUUUUUUUUGUUGCAUUAGUUAUUGUCUUUUCUAGACUGUUUUUGGAUUUGUUGAUGUGUUCCUUUUGCUGUUUUUGCAGUCACACUGCGAUCCUCUAGUGUUCACAUCAGUGGUGGGGCGCAAACAAACUGACAAAAAAAACAUAAAUCACAGCCACUGUGCCCCCCUUAAAUGCAGCAAA